GAACCAGGGACAGAGGGAGAACAGUACAGGAAGUAAAGUAAUAAGCAGACAAGUGAGAGAGUGAGGCUUUUGGAAUCAAAAGGGGAGAGAUUUUCUUUCAAACUCUUCAAUUCCCAAAAUUCUAAAGAUCACGGCGAAUAUAUUGUUGUUGGUGGUAUUAAUUCUCACCAUGCACGACCAAAUUUAUAUGAACAGACAAACAACACCAGAACCUAGUUGGGAAAGAAAAUCGGUUUCAUCUCUUCAUAUUUCAAAGAACCAAGCAAGAAUGUUUGGUGAUUGCCAAGUUAUGUCAAACAUGGGAGGGAAUGUAGUCUCCUCCGAUACCAUCUAUUCGUUGCCGAUCGAAAACCCUAGCUUCAACUUCAUGUCAAGCAUGCCUUUCCACACUCUCUCCCCCAUUAUCUCUAAAGAAGAAAAUGGGCUAGUUAUGCCAGGCAAGGAGGAAGUGGAAAGUGGGUCUGGCUGUGAACAACUUGAAGAGAAGUCAGGGAAUGAGGAAGAGAGCAGCGAGCGACCACCAAAGAAGAAACGUUACCAUAGGCACACUGCACGCCAGAUCCAAGAACUGGAAGCCAUGUUUAAGGAAUGCCCACACCCAGAUGACAAACAAAGAAUGAGACUCAGCCAUGAACUUGGUCUAAAACCACGUCAAGUCAAGUUUUGGUUCCAAAACCGCCGUACGCAAAUGAAGGCACAACAAGACCGAUCGGAUAAUAAUAUACUCAGGGCAGAAAAUGAGAGCUUGCAGAAUGACAAUUACAGGCUACAAGCGGAGUUACGAAAUCUUAUGUGUCCCGAUUGUGGAGGUCAAGCCAUGCUUGGAGAAAUUCCCUUCGAGGAGCUUCGACUUGAACAUGCAAGACUUGUAGAAGAGUUGGAGCGCGUUUGUUGUUUUGCUUCAAGAUAUGGCGGCCGGCCAAUCCACUCAAUGGUACCGGCUCCUGCUUUUGUCCCCCCUUCCUUGGAUUUGGAUAUGAGCAUAUACUCAAGGCCGUUUCCGGAGUCUUUGGGCACUUGCACUGAUAUGAUGCCUAUGCCUAUGUUGCCAGAACCAUCUUCCUUUCCUGAGGCUGGUAUAGUAUUAAUGGAGGAGGGAGAAGGUGGUCUUGCAAUGGGGCUUGCAUUGUCGUCCAUGGAUGAACUUGUGAAGAUGUGUCAUGCAAAUGAGCCUCUUUGGAUCACCAACAAUAAGAAUGGAAAGGAAGUGCUUAAUCUAGAAGAGCAUGCGAGAAUGUUUCCAUGGCCUUACAAUAUCAAACAGAACUCAAAUGACAUGAGGACUGAAGCUACUCGUGAUUGUGCUGUGGUUAUAAUGAAUAGCAUUAACUUGGUUGAUGCUUUCCUGGAUGCUAAUAAAUGGAUGGAUCUGUUUCCCACCAUUGUUGCUAGAGCAAAAACUGUUCGAGGUAUAAAAACAGGCGUUUGCGGUGCAAGCGGUUCCCUUCACCUGAUGUAUGCAGAAUUGCAAGUUCUUUCCCCAUUGGUGCCAACUCGAGAAACAUAUUUUCUUCGCUUUUGCCAACAAAAUGUAGAGGAGGGAACUUGGGCUAUUGUCGAUUUCCCCCUCGAUAGCUUCCACGACAACAUCCGACCUUCCUUUCCCCUGUAUAGGAGACGUCCGUCCGGCUGUGUAAUUCAAGACUUGCCCAAUGGGUACUCAAGGUUGACAUGGAUAGAACAUGCAGAGAUAGAGGAUAAGCCUGUCCAUCAGAUAUUUAGCCAGUAUGUCUAUAGUGGGAUGGCAUUUGGAGCACAUCGCUGGUUAACAGUCUUACAGAGACAAUGCGAGAGGGUUGCUAGUCUCAUGGCUAGAAAUAUCUCUGACCUAGGAGUAAUACCCUCUCCUGAAGCACGGAAGAACAUGAUGAGACUGGCUCAAAGAAUGAUCAGAACUUUUAGCCUGAAUAUCAGCACUUCUAGUGGCCAAUCAUGGACAGCUUUACCCGAUUCCCAUGAUGGCACUGUUAGAAUUAUCUCAAGGGAAAUCACGGAGCCUGGCCAGCCUAAUGGGGUCAUUCUCUCUGCAGUAUCCACGACUUGGUUGCCCUAUCAUCACUUCCUAGUCUUUGAUCUGUUGAGGGAUGAACAUCGCAGAUCUCAGCUGGAAGUUCUUUCCAAUGGGAAUGCCUUGCAUGAGGUUGCUCACAUUGCCAACGGCUCUCAUCCAGGAAACUGUAUCUCUCUUCUUCGCAUCAACGUCGCCAGCAACUCAUCACAGCAUGUAGAUCUCAUGCUACAAGAGAGUUGCACUGAUCAAUCCGGCGGCCUUGUUGUGUUCACCACCGUGGACGUUGAGUCAAUUCAGCUCGCAAUGAGCGGCGAGGAUCCAUCCUGCAUUCCUCUACUUCCACUAGGUUUUGUCAUAGUCCCAGUAGAAUCCAGCAGUAGCAAUGUCAGUGAAGGCAAUUCAGUGCAAUCUAAUUCUGAGGAUGGAAAUGGAAAUGGACAUAACAACUCAGGCUGCCUACUGACUGUGGGUCUCCAAGCCCUUGCAAGCACUAUUUCAUCUGCAAAGCUCAAUAUCUCCAGUGUCACUGCGAUAAACAACCAUUUGUGCAACACAGUGAACCAAAUCACUGUUGCUCUUAGCAACACCGCCACCACCACUAGCAGCUGCCUUGAUAACGGCAAUGCUGUAGGGUCUUGCAAUGAGCCUACAGCUGCACCCAAACAAGUUUAGGGUUUUCGCCGUGCAAAUUACCUUGAUUCUCCCCUCUUCUAUCUCUCUCCCAGAGACACUACUUGUGCAUUUUGGUGGUUACAACAUUGGACAUUGGACAUUUGACAGAGUGACUGAGGGAUCAUUUUUCGCUAAUCCCUUUCUAUUGGGUUUGUAGAGGGGAGAUUUCAGGUAAUUAGUAGGAAAGUAAAGGCUAGGAUUGCAAAUAAGUUACCAUUACUGUAAUGCUAGUAGAAGUAGUGGUAGUUCGGUAAACAAGAGACUGCGAAGCUAAUUCGGUCAGUGGGGUAGAUUUUCGGUAAAUGGGAGAUGAGAGGAUGGUUGUGCCAUAAAUGGCAGAGAUAUUGGGCUGUGUAGAAUAGAGGGAUGAUAGAGGGGAGUCAAGAGCGCACCAAGAUGUGACCUUUGCUUCCUGGUAAGGCCUUUCUCAGUGUAUUAUUGUUAUGAAGAUGGGGCCUCACCAGUCAGCAAGGGUGGUGGUUCGGGUAUUGACUCCCGCUUGCCGGUCUAAAUUUUAUGCUGUUUCGAAUUUAAUGCCACUGAAUGAAUUGUUUUUCUU